UGCCGAACCUGGAAAGACUGCUUGGGUCCUUGGAUGGAGUCAAGGGGGGCUGUAAAGCGACAAGUGUAGCAUUUCCUGCGGUUGCAAGGGAAAGUGCCUGGGGAGGGGAUGGUUUGGGUGGGAAGGGACAAAUUGACCAGGGAGUUACGGAGGGUGCGGUCUCUGCGGAAAGCAGACGGGAGGAGAUGGGAAGAUGUGGCCAGUGGUGGGAUCCCAUUGGAGGUGGCGAAAAUGUCGGAGGAUUAUCUGUUGUACGUGAUGGCUGGUAGGGUGGAAGGUGAGGACAAGGGGGACCCUGCCCUUGUUACGCGUAGGGGGGAUGGGGAGUGAGAGCAGAGUCACGGGGUAUAGAAGUGACCCUGGUGAGAGCCUCAUCUAUAGUAGAAGAGGGGAACCCCCCUUCCCUAAAGAAUGAUGACAUCUCCGAUGCCCUGGUGUAGAACACCUCACCUGGGUGCAGAUGCGGCGUAGACAGAGGAAUUGGGAGUAGGGGAUAGAGUCCUUACAGGAAGCAGGGUGGGAAGAUGUGUGGUCCAGAUAGCCAUGGGAGUCAGUGGGUUUGUUAAACAUUCUUAUACUUUGUUAAACUUUCUUAAAUAUCUCAUUUGCGAAUCUAUUUUUCGUUCCAGAAAAUGUCUUUCCCGUUGUCCACAAACGGAACUGAAGAAACACCCUUCAUUAUCGAUCCGGACACAAGUCCAUGUGUAAGAAGAGAGUUUGUGACCAUGAAGACCAUCACGGCGGUGGUCUACAGCCUGGUGUGUCUCUUGGCCGUGACGGGGAAUGUACUGGUGUUGGUGGUCAUCCUUCACAACCGCCGCUCCAUCUCAUCCACGGACGUCUACCUGCUCCAUCUGGCCACGGCCGACCUGCUCUUUGCCCUCACCCUGCCCUUCUGGGCAGUGGACGCCGUGUCUCCCUGGGUGUUUGGUGACGCCAUGUGUAAGGUGAUCAGUAUGUUGCAGGAGGUGAACUUUUACAGUGGCAUCCUCCUGCUGGCCUGCAUCAGCGUGGACCGCUACCUGGCCAUUGUCCGCUCUGUCCAGUCGCACGGCCACAAGAGACCGUGGAUGGUCAAACUGGUGUGUGCCAUCGUCUGGCUCGUGGCCCUGCUCCUGUCCUCGCCCGUCCUCUACAAUGAAGUGUUCUACGACAAUGAAGUUAACCGGUCCGUCUGUAACGAGGAACACGACGGUGAUUUUGACAAACCGUGGAAACUGGGCAUCAAAGUUUGUCGCCUGGUCAUCGGCUUCCUCGUGCCGCUGGCCACCAUGGUCUUCUGCUACUCCGUCACUGUGUGGAAACUGUGCCAGACCAAGGGCUUCCAGAAACAGAAAGCCAUGAAGGUCAUCAUCGCGGUGGUGCUGGCCUUCCUGGCGUGCUGGCUGCCCUACCAUCUAACCAUGGUUGUGGACAUGCUGGUGAGAGUUGAACGCAUCGACGUCUCCUGCAUCCAACGUGACCACUUGGACAGGGCCGUGCUGGCCACCCAGUGCUUGGCCUUUCUUCACAGCUGCAUCAACCCAAUCCUCUACGCCUUCAUCGGGGUGAAGUUCAGGAGCAACCUGGUCAAACUCCUGGCUCAUAAAGGCCUCAUAAAGAGAAGCGAAGAAUCCCAAUUCAAUAAAUCACGCUCAUCCUCAGUCGCUGGGCAGACAUCCACCACCAUUUAGACAGCUCCCCACCCCACUACCCUCCCCCCAACCCAACCCCUCCUCCACCACCCCACCCCUUCCCAACAAAAGACACAAAUUGCUGGAGCAACUCAGCAUCUCUGGAGCACAUGGAUUGGCGAGGUAUCAUGUCCUUGGAGCAGAAAUUAGACCAUUCAGCCCAUCAAGUCCACUCUGCCAUUUGGUCAUGGCUGAUCGAUCUCUCCCUCCUUACCCCAUUCUCCUGCCUUCUCCCCAUAACAAGACACCCGCACUAAUCAAGAAUCUAUCUAUCUCUGCCUUAAAAACACCCAUUAAUAUCUGCAGUUCCUUCCUACUAGAAUUUCUGGCAAGUCUCCAGUGACUUCUACUGAGCUCCGCAGAAUCACCAUAUUGGGAUGUGUCCAAUCUGAAUGUGGCACCCAGAGUGAUACAGCAUGGAAACAGGCCCUUCGGCCCAACUUGCCCACACCGACCUACAUGGCCAAUAUACAAGGCCCGUGUUUGGCCUAGAUCCCUCCAAACCGGUCCUAUCCAUGUACCAGUCUAAAUAUCUCUUAAACGUUGUGAUAGUCCCCCCUCAUCUACCUUUUCCAGCAGCUCGUUCCAGGCACCCACCACCCUUUGUGUAAAAAGGUUGCCCCUCAGGUUCCUAUUAAAUCUUUCCCACACCUUAACCUUAUGUCCUCUGGUUUUUGAUUCCCCUACUGGGCAAAAGAUUAUCUCAUUCUCCUCUCUCUAUCCCCCUCAUCAUACUCAAUUCUAUAAGAUCACCCCUCAUCCUCCUGUGCUCCAAGGAAUAAAGUCCUAGCCUGCCUAACCUCUCUCGAAAACAGUUCAGGUUCUUGAGUCCUGGGAAUAUGCCUGUAAAUGAAAGUGUCCA